GAACCAAAGCCACAUGUUUGCUCCCGCGCAUACUUAGCUGCCCUCAUCCUUGAACCGACGAGGAUCAGUUCAAAGCGAUAAAAAUAGACACAUUGGCAUCCCAGUAUUGUUUGCGAAUUACUACUGGAUUGCGCCGCUUGCAUUUGGGAAUUCGGCUCAAGAGAGGCAAAACCGUCCGCCCAGUGUGGGCCUUUUGGUUUUUCUUUAUUAUUUUUGUUCUGGAUUAACGUUGCGCACAGUCAUAUUGCAUUUCUCAAAGGUGCUCAUCAGAUAAUACGGUGUGGAUUACUGCGGGAUCAUAUCCAUCUCCCAACUACCCGUGCCUUAACGUCAUAGUACCAUGUCUCUCGACGAGUUCCGAAGUAAACGGAUUCGAGUAUUCCGCAACGGAGACUUGUAUGAGCCAGGGAAGAAGUUGGUGAUCAACACCCGAGUCUACCGCAACUUUGAACAGUUUCUUUCCAGACUCUCUGACGAGAUCAACCUCGUCAAUGGCGCUGUCCGCAAAGUAUUCACCCUCGACGGUCACAUCAUCCGAACACUAGACGACCUGAAAGAUGGCGCCGUCUACGUGGCAACAGGUGGCGAAAGUUUCAAAAAGGUGCCCUACCUCAUUACCGCCGAUAUACCCCCAUCAGCCGUGUCCGGCAUGACAAAUGGCGAUAGUGAAUCCAGAGAAAAGUCUGCCCUCAUCCGAACAAAGCGUCCGAGUGGGUGGGGAGUGAAUAUUAUCAAGGAGCGGUUUGGAACUUCGAAGGCGCCAAAGGAGGUGCAAGAGCGGCGUAAGAAAGAGCCAGAGCGACCCAUCUUUGGACCUACAAGCAAAGCCUACAAAGUCACCGUCUUCACAAAUGGGGAUGGUGCAUCUGCUGGAAUCAAGAUGAUUUUGAACUACCGAAACUGUCGAACAUUUGAUCAGCUCCUCAAAAACCUUACAGAACUCCUCCGCAUCAGCGUCCGAAGACUUUACGACGCAGAAAAUGGUCACAAAAUUAGCAAUCUCCGUCAGAUUCAUGAUGGGCAGAACCUGGUUGCAGCCGUUGCGGACGGUUUCAAGCAAACAACAUACCAUAUAGAGCAUCCUGCACAGGCUAACAAACAUGAAGACGACUUUCCCCGUGUUGUAACGUUUUUUCCAAAUGGAGAUUUGUAUCAUAUUGGACAAACUGUCACGGUUACCAAAAAGCGGUUCCCAAAUCUACAGAGGCUCUUGGAGAAUCUCAAUACCCAGAUUCACCUCGUGACGGGUAUGAUUCAGAAGCUCUAUGCCCUCGACGGCCACCGCAUUCAAUCCGUCGAUGAGCUGACACAUAACGGGGCCUACGUGGUCGUCUCGAACAAUGAUCCCUUCAUCCGCGGUAAAUAUAAUGUCAAUGCACCCAUUGUCUCUGAACAUCCUGUCAAGGGGCUAGCGGGGCAGACACAGAGAAAUGAGUUUAUGGCAGGCAUCCGCAAAUUGCCAAAGAAAGGACACCCAGCGGUGACCGAGGAAGCUACUGAGGAUGAGGAAAGCGACAGUGGACGAGGUCGGAGAUUGGGGGAGAUGGCCGCUCGCAUACGGAAGAAGGUGAAGGCCAAGAGGUCGAGUAGCCAGCCUCCACAUGUACCAGAAAACGAGCUUGUUGAACCAGCCGCACACAAGAAAGUGGUAAGCAAACAGCCCAAUUCCAAACAGGCCCCUGCAGAGGCGAAACGCGUAGAGAAAGUUGAACAAGCAAAGCCCAAGAAAGCAUCAGAACAGGUCGCUCGAAAACACGACGAAGGACGCGACGUAUCUCAAACAAGCAGAACACCAGUUGAGACCUCACAAGAACGCAUUGGUAGUCCCCACAAGUACCGCAAAAUAUACAAAAGCAAGGAGGAGAUCGCGGAACCUGCUGCCGUCCGCGCCCGGGAGGAAGAGAAAGUCGCACCCGUUACCAACAAAGGAGGGAAAAAGCAAGGACAAGAACAAAAGGACGAAGUGGAAAAGACCGUAAAGUCUCACCCGGGGAAGAAAGCAACCAAUGCAGAGGUACAUGAGGACGACGAGGAAACCACCACCGUUCGCAGCAGAAAACAAAAGCAUGUUACCGAUGACGAGGAAGAGAUUCUAACCGGCAAAUCCAAGCCCAAGAAAGCGGCGGCAGAGGCGGAAAGUGAAAACGACGAGGAAAUCACUACACGCCGCAAGCAUAUUGCCAGACCUCCUACCGAAGUAACUGACCACCAAAUUGAAGAAAUCGUCACUCCGGAGCCGUCAUCAGAUGCGCACGAGGUGUACGGUGAAUCUGGCGAAGUUCGUGUUAUGCAGUCCAAUUCCCACAAGUCGCGAUCAGACAUUAGGAACAAUGACAGCGAGGGGACAACAAAAUCCACCCGUAAACUGCUGCAAAAGUCACGACCGGAUGUUUCAGAGGACGAGGCAAUUACUACCAAAUCCACCCGUAAACUGGUGCAAAAGUCACGGCCGGAUGUUACUUCAGAUGACGAGUCUACAACCAGAUCCACCCGUACACUACAAAAGUCGCGGCCAGAUCACACUACCGAGGACGAGUCGACAACCAGCUCUACCCACAAAACGCACAAGUCCUCCUCUGAAAGCGAACCACCAUCAGAACACCAAAAAACCAACAAGAUCACUAAAAAGAAGCAGCCUGCAGAAUCAAACGAACUAGACAACGAUGACGACGAAGAAACAUCCAGUAAAUUGACGAAACUAAACGAACUCGGUUCUCGCGCCAGCCUUCGUCUAUCUCAGACGAGUCUCGGGCACAAACCCGCUAAUGACCAUAAUGAAACGGUUAUCACCAAGCACCGCAAAAAGGGUAAAAACAAUCAUACAAGUGUAAGUGGUGUUCAGACAGAAGGAAACAGUGAUGAAGAGGAUAAUGUCGACGAAAGAGAAUGGAGAAAAGUUGAAUCUAGAGAAGGAUAUGUGAGGGAGGCUGUCCCUGCUCUACCAAACAAAUCGCAACUCUGAGCAUAUCCUAGAUGUGAUGUAGUAGAAACUUUUUUUUUUUUUUCUUUUCAAAAUGCUGUCUUUAGAAUGUCCAUUUCCUGUAACUUUUGUUUUCAAACAUGUUAUCGUAAUUUCUUGCGCAAUUUACAUGCUCUGCCGAUCACCCUCGGUUU